AUGUCCAAAGAGCUACCGAUAUUGAAAAACUCGAAACUGGGCUGGAUUGCUAGUGGAAAGGUCAAUGCAAAAUCAGAAACAACCACGUGUGCAGUAUUCGGAGAAGAUGAUCGGGCAUUGGAAGAAUUAUUAAAAAGGUUUUGGGAACAAGAUGAUGUAGGCGAAGACCAGAAAAUGACUCUAGCAGAUGAAAGGUGUGAGAAUCACUUCCACCAUAAUACAAUAGUCAAUGAAGAUGGUCGUUUUGUUGUACGAUUGCCAUUUGCAGAUGAUGCAGAUAAACUAUCCGAGUCCCUCAAUAUUGCAACGUCCAGAUUCUUCUCAUUGGAGCGGCGCUUAUCGAAGGAUGCGAGUCUUCGAGAGCAAUACGUCAAAUUUAUGAAGGAGUAUGAAGAGCUGGGACAUAUGACAAAAAUACAAUCGAGAGAGGUGCGCGGCAGCCACUACUAUAUCCCACAUCAUUGUGUCCUUCGCCCAGAUAGUAGCACAACUAAACUGAGAGUCGUGUUCGAUGCAUCCUGCAAGUCCUCAUCUGGAUGGUCACUGAAUAACGUGUUGCAUUCAGGCCCAAAGGUUCAAGGCGAUUUGUUUGGAAUGUUGUUGCGAUUCAGACUUCCACGAUUUGUGUUUACAACAGAUAUUGAGAAGAUGUACAGACAAGUACUGGUCGACAGGAGGGACCGCAAAUAUCAACUGAUUGUGUGGAGAAAUUCCCCGGACAGGGAACUUGAGCAUUACAUGUUAAAUACAUUAACAUAUGGUACAACAUGCGCCCCUUAUCUGGCUACAAGGUGUCUGAAAAAACUAGCAGAUAUGAACCUACACAAAUAUCCAUUGGGUGCACAAGUACUUCAAAAGAACUUCUACGUUGACGACGGCAUGUGCGGUUCCGACAGUCUAUCAACGGCAAUCGAGAUGCAGAAGCAGCUAAAUAACUUAUUGUUGCAAGCAGGAUUUAGACUGCGAAAAUGGUGUGCUAACCACUUGCAACUCCUUCAUGGAGUUCCACCGGAAGAUAGAGAAGUGGACCUCAACUUCGAUAAUUCAUCAACCAAGGUUCUAGGAUUGACAUGGAUUCCUCAGGUAGACAGGUUCUGUUUAAAGAGUGGUGUGGAUGAAUGUGAAGUUGUUACCAAGCGAAAGGUCACCUCCGAUCUAGCAAGAUUGUUUGACCCAUUAGGAAUUGCAGGUCCUGUAGUCUCAGCAGCAAAGAUUUUUAUCCAACAAUUAUGGAAGAAUAAGAUUGCUUGGGAUGAUGAGCUGCCACCGGAGAUGGCAGCAUAUUGGUUAUCGUUCCGUGAUAAUCUUAAACUUUUGAACGAUUUCAAAUUACCCAGACAUAUGUUCGACGGAGAGAAGCCGACGAAGGUUGAACUUCAUACGUUUGUGGAUGCUUCAGGGAAGGCAUAUGGAGCGGUGAUAUAUCUCAGGGCUAUGUUGCAAGACGGAAGGCAGAUAGUACGGCUUCUUUGUUCAAAGUCGAAAAUAGCACCAAUUAAGGAGGUCACAUUGCCAAGGCUAGAACUGUGUGCAGCUGAAUUAGGAGCAAAACUGACUACGAAGGUCAAGGCAGAACUUGGUUAUGAAGACGUAAAGACUAUUUAUUGGUCAGACUCAGAGAUUACCUUAUACUGGAUCAACUCGGAACCAUCAACACUGAAAACGUUUGUUGCCAACAAGGUGAAAUACAUUCAAGACAGAACACUAAGCACUCAAUGGCGGCAUGUUGGGACAAAAGAUAAUCCGGCAGACUUUAUAUCCAGAGACAAUGCGACUAAUUUUGUGGGAGCUAAGAACCAGCUCGACGAACUUAAUCAUGCGGUGUUUGGGGAGAAUAGCAAAACGUUAAUAAAGGAGACAUGCUCAAAGGAGGGUAUAGAUUUCCAAUUUAUUCCCCCAAGAGCUCCGCAUUUCGGCGGUCUCUGGGAAGCCGCAGUGAAGUCAGCUAAACAAUUGCUACUGCGGACCACCGCUAGCGCAUCAUUGACUCACGAAGAGUUGGAGACCGUAGUCAUCGAAAUUGAGGCGAUACUGAAUUCGAGACCACUAACUCCUAUAUCAAAUGAUCCGAAUGAUCUAACAGCAUUAACACCUGGUCAUUUUCUUGUUGGUGAACCCCUCACAGCACAAGUCGAUCCAUCAACCAAGCAAUCUACUACAUCAUUGACAA